ACGCUGCUUUCUGGAUCCACUGCACCUACCAGAAUGUUACCAAACUCAGCUCGUCCUCCUAUGUCCAUGCUCAAGGCUACCAUGUCACCUUCGGCUCCUGCACCGCCUCUCAAAGAUACAGAUUUUGCUUCGUUUGGCUUGCCUGAUGAAAGCAACAAGCUCCCUUCUGCCCCUGCUCAGAGAAAAAUGUCUACGUCAAAUACCUCGCCCGAAGGCCCUGCGCAACCAGACGCCCAGUCAGGCGAUGAGAAAAGUGGAGAUCCAUCCAAAGCUCCGGCCCUGGCUCUUCCUGUCAGUACUCCCAGUGCCCCUCAACGGCUUGGUUUGUCGCAUCGAUCUUCCCACUCCCAUGAUUUUGGGCCUAUCGGAUCUCCUCCGCGCUCUCUGUCCUCUCAGACAAUACAUCUCAAUGGUUACUCCCCUGGCUCCUCCCCCGCUGUUCCCAUUUCUUCUUCUCCCUUUUCCGCUCCUGGUUCACAAUCUGUAUUUGAACCUGGGUCGUUGCUAGACUUUAAGGCUCGUUCGGGUCUGGCUGCGUCCCUUGGUGCUACUAGAACUUGGAAAACAGAUCUGGGACCCGUGCCUUCGCAGGUUAAGAAUCGUGGUGAAGGUAUAGGUGCAAUUAGGGGAUUGGAACGGGAAAUACUGGCAGAAGAUGAGGAUCUGGAAGAGUUUUUGCCCAGCUCUUUGACUGAUCUUCUCACUCCGGAAGAACGGUCGCGACGAAUGUCGCGCACAGGCUCAGCUCAUCCUGGUAAUUUGAACAAUGCUACUCUCACUCCUCGCUCCAUAGCAGAAGGCCCGCAUCACCGCUAUUCUCGUUCCGUUCCCGCCCCAUCAUUGUUAGGAGACAUCAAAUCAAUCUGGGCAGAUCAAAACGGUCUACCGGGUUCUCCAGAUACUGGUGCAGGAUUAGGUAAUGUUGGUUUAGGUGGCGGACUGGGAGGUGGUACUCCCAAUUCUUUCAAGUCCAAUUCUGGUUUUGGUGGCCGUUCCUUCGGCUUUGAGGACACACCGUCACCUUCCCUUCUAUCACCUUCCAAUGCUUCUGCCGCGUUCCUCCCAGGUCUUCAUCAUCAUUACCUGAACUCGAAAAUGGGUCCUCAACGAUCCACCUCUGGGGGAAACAGGACGGGUGGACCCGCGUUGUAUCCUCCCAACUCUGGGGUAGCGACGCCUCAAAACACCUCCACAAGCAAUCUCACAUCCAGCAACCCUGCAGGAGCAGCCUUUCAGCAGUCAAAAGUUGGUUCCCUGGGUAAUCGCGCACCAUAUGACAAUUUUACGUCUGACAGUUAUUCUUCGCCUCUGGGGCUUCAUCGUCAAAUUUCUGGCCGUCCUAUCCCCGGUGGUAGCGGUGUCUUUGGAGCAGAAGGCGACGAGAGGCAUAGCACCAUAUCUCCUUCUACUCGCGCACUUCAAGCGCACGCUCCAGGGCAAAGUCUUCCCCAAGGCUUGGCUGCAGGAUACUCAAGGAUACAUGCCUUACCCCCACCAAUGAUAGCGUCGCCAUCUGCUUUCGGUUCAAGUCAGAACUCGGCCUACUCUCCCGGUACCAACCCAGAUUGGACCAGCGUUUCUACUGAGCAAUUAUCAACGAGCCAGAACAAUGGCACUCCCAUGACCACUUCCGCCAAUGGCCUGGAGACCAUGUUUUCGAGAUUGUCCUAUUCUGCUGCAGCGUCCCGCACGACAACUCAGGGAAUGUCUACUACUGCUGGCCUACCACAGUCUCCGCCGAAGAGUUCUCCUCUGGGUAUGUCGCGUGGUAAUAACCGUAACUGGCAGGGUCAGGGACCUCUGAGCCCAUUGAGUGGACCUGUGGUUACAGGUGAUGACGACGACCUAUUCAGUAUGGAUGGGUGAAAGAAAGAAGAACCAUAUUUAAAAGGGCAGGAUGGAGUGGGGACUGUAAAUAGAGAAGGACUCAAGUGUCGUGCAAGUGAUUCGAGCUGACACCCUCACCGUUGAUUGUACUGUGCUCGAUGUAUCCCACCAUCCUGGAUGCUAUGGCAGAGAAAUGAUAAAAUUCCGUUCCAAGCUGUUAACGUUGUUCCCCAUCUGUAAUCUGUACUACAUACAGUACGCUACACUUUCCAAUAUAUAUACCAGAACUAUGUAUACACGAAUCCGAAUAUCUAGCUGGGGUGUUACCUGCUGUUAA